AUGGCUGCAGUAAAGAAGCUGGUCGGGGCUUACCUGAUAAUCGUGGCCGUUUUAGUUGCGAUGUUCUUCAUCAUCAACACGUUCCUGUUGGACUCUUUGGACGUCCCAAGCGUCUGGUCCGUACUGAAUGUGUUCAUGUUAAUCGGGUUGGCGCUGUCCCUAAUCCACAAUUACUUUCGGAAGAGGGCGAUGGACGCAGCAGAGGACGGCGGCGCCCUAAAUCGAGCCUACUUUGAGGCCAACGCCGCAUUCUACGUUACCGCCGGCGUGACCAUUCUGUUCCACAAUUGGUUUUCCCUUCUGGCCCAAGGCUCCAACUAUCUGGACGGAAACCACCAGGCGUGGAUCAUCUGGGCCACGGUAGACACCUUGCUUCCCAUCAUGUUGGGCAUCACCGGCUGCCACGUGUGGCGAAGUGCCCAGGAAUAG